UAACAAUUUCUACAACAACAAAAAAAAGCUACAGAAGCAAAUAUUUAAAAGAUAUUUUUUGUUCAACAAGCAAAAAAUUCAACAUUUCUAAAUCUAAGUUACGGCACCAAUAGAUUUAGUCAUUUUGAUGCUUUAAAAUUUUGAAUUUUGAAAAGAUUUUAAAACUGAAAAAUUUUGAAGCUGAAAAAUUUUGAAGCAAACUUAAAGAUAUUACUAUUGGAUCACAAUGUAACAUAAGAUAUUGGUUUUUAUUGCAUUUUUUCUCGAAUCUUCACAAGUAUGGUUUAGUCUUGCGUUUCAAAUGUUGUUGUUUUUGUGUGCUUUUGUAGCCUUUUCUGAACAAAAAGCUUACGGGAGUUUAAAGAAAUCAGAAAUUUAUAACCAUGUUCUAUAACCAUGUGUGCGGAUAAGAAUAGUUUAGAAUGUUUCAUGAGCUAAAUGACAAAGAUAUAAACGCCAAGUAUUUAUGUUAUGGGUGGUUCUCUUAUCGUCCAGCGUUUUUACAGAGUUUAAACCGUCCUCAGUUUUUCUUAAUAUGUGUUUGCUGGCUAACAUUUGCACAAGGUUUAGUAUGUAAUGGUCUUAACAAUGUUUUGUUAACUUCUAUAGAAAAACGCUAUGGUUUUACUACUAUCCAAAUUGCUUUGUUUUCCACAAUGUUCAACGCAACGGUCGGAUUCUUUUCUUCACUAGUAUGUUAUGUUGGUCAUAAACAUAGGCCGCGCGCAUUGGCUGUUGGGGGAAUGACCCUAUCCGUUGGAAUGUUUGUACUAUUAAUACCUCAUUUUAUUUCGCCAAAAUAUGAAGUUAGAAAACCACAAUCAACUGAUCUAUGUCAUUUAAAUGUGCCAACAAAUACUUCAUUUAAUAUCACAGCGUGUAAACCACCUAGUAAUCAUCUGUAUUUAGCUAUAUUUUUAAUUGGACAUUCCAUCAGCGGAUUAGGAAAUAUUCCUGUGCAAAGUUUAAGCUACGCUCAUUUAGAAUCUAUCACGGACAGAAGUUCUUCUAGCAUGUAUUUUUUGGCAAUGAAAACGAUGUCAAUAUUAGGUCCCGCAUCGGGAUAUAUUCUGGGAAGUCCAAUACUAAGAACUUAUGUAGAUAUACAACAGCCACCAAACUCAAAUCUAAAGCCAAACGAUCUAAACUGGGUUGGCGCUUGGUGGAUUGGUUAUAUGAUUGGAGCUUUACUUUUACUAACAACAGUUAUUCCGUUUUCUGGUUUUCCCAAAAUGUUUAUAAACUCAAAUAAAGUUUUUGAACUCAAAAAGUCUUAUUUAGAUACAAUAGAAGGAGACUUAAUAUUAAAAUAUGAUAUAAAAUCCGUGUGGCCAUCAAUAAAAUGCUUACUAUUAAACACACCAUAUAUGUAUUUAACCUUAGGAAUUGCAUGCGAGAGCUUCGUAAAUAGUGGAUUUUCCACUUUCUUUUCAAAGUUUGUUGAGACUCAGUUUCAUUUUUCUGCAUCUAAAGCAUCGUUGUAUAGUGGGUUGAUAGUCGUGCCAGCCUGUGGUGGAGGAAUCGGUUUAGGUGGCUUCUUGAGUAAACGUUUUGGGUGGGAUUGUCAAAAAACUUUAAAAGUUAUAUGCGUUUUUGCUAUCAUGUCUACUAUAUUUAUUCCUAUUGUGUUGAUUGGCUGUGAUGAACAAGAGGUAGUGGGGGUAGCAGUUCCUUACCUCGAUAGCAGCAACGCUUCGAUUUCAUUGAAUAGUACAUGCAACAUAAAUUGCCAUUGUAAUAACCAUGUUUACAAACCCGUGUGUUCAAUAAACGACCAAAAAACGUUUUAUUCGCCAUGUCAUGCCGGAUGUAUAAAAGCGUUACAGAAAAAUGGGACAUACCACAACUGCGCAUGUUCAUCGUUUUUAGACGAAACACUAGUUGAUGGUCCAUGUAUAUCAAAAUGCACACUUUACCCAUACUUUGUGGUUGGAUCAUUUUUCUUAUUGUUUGUAUCUUUUAUGAAUGCAGUGCCUCUCGUUAACGCAACAUUUUGGACGUUACCACUUAGUUUGGGAUCACUAGGUAUAGGAUUUCAACAAGUUUUUUUGCGUUUUUUGGGCAUGAUACCAUCGUCUGCUGUAUUUGGAAGGAUUAUUGAUGCAAGCUGUUUAACGUGGAAUAGUAACGAGUGCACAGGAGAAAACACAAAUUGUUUAGAAUACAGUAACAAGUACUUUAGGUUGUACAUUUUCCUGGUCACGUUUAGUGUGAAGACACUUUCGUGUGUUUUAUUUUUUUUGGCUUACAAAACGUAUAAAUUACCUAAAAAUAAUAAAACAUUCUGUGAAAUUAAUGGAAUUGAAAACUUUGCAGUUGAAAAUAGCUAGUGGUUUUCACUAAUAUACAAGACAUGGAAAAGAAUUAUACUUCAAAUUGUCGUUUGCAAUUUAAAAAGACUCUUUUAGCGAACUUUUUUAUUUUAUGAAUGACGUUUAAAAAUACGAGUUAUUGAUGAAUCAUCAACGUUACUCUAAAAAUUUGUGUCACGCAAAUACAGACGUAAAAGAUGCGUAAGAAUCAUAUAACGCAAGGAGGUGUAUGCUGUGAUCAACACUUGCCCGUGAUUGCUGUUGUCAGCGCUUCCCGGUCUAUGCUCUUAUCAACAUUUUUUUUUUUUUUUUUUUUUGUUACUUUAAAAUUGUUAAUUUAUUUUCCAAAUUUUUUAAGUAUUUUCGAAGUUACCCUACC